AUGGUUGCCUCGGCUGAGUUCAGGCGCGUGUUCGCGGCGUUCGACCAGAACGGCGACGGCAAGAUCUCCGAGACCGAGCUGCAGCUCUGCAUGAAGGCGGCGCUCGGGUUUCUGGACGAAGAGGAGUUUGUAAGGCUGGUAGAAGAGACGGCGGCCGGUACUCAAGACGAAGAGGGGGACAGGUGCAGGGAGGCGUUCGGGAUGUACGUGAUGGAAGGGAGAGGCUGCAUCACGCCGCUGAGCGUGAAGCUGAUGCUGAGCAGGCUAGGCUUGCAAUUGGACGUCGACGAGUGCCAGGUCAUGAUCCGCAGGUUCGACCUGAACGGAGACGGGGUGCUCACCUUCGACGAGUUCAAGACCAUGAUGAUGACAUGA